GGCUCGCUUUUACAGAUAAAGCCGCCCAUCGUUAGCCCUCGACAGGGAUAAUAACCAACAUGAGUCCCGUCACAAAACACGGAGCUUUUCACCGUAGCUGCUGAAGAGACGGCGAAAUAGGAAGAAAUUGCUCCUCCGUCGCUUGAAGCAGCCAGGGACAGAAUGAGCGAGGGUCCGAAGAAGCGGAGCGGCAGCAGCAGCAGCAGCAGCGGGGGGAGAAGUCUCUCUGAACCCGCUGAAUCUCCGUCUGUCACGGGAAAAGAUGAAGGAGAAAGCUCCGGGGUGGGUCUCAAAAAACAAAUCGGCCUCGUCAGCGCCUGUGCCAUUAUCAUAGGGAAUAUCAUUGGAUCAGGGAUUUUUGUGAGUCCUAAAGGUGUACUGGAGAAUGCCAGCUCAGUGGGUGUGGCCCUGAUCGUGUGGGUCACAACAGGACUCAUCACAGCUGUGGGCGCUCUCUGCUAUGCAGAGUUAGGUGUGACCAUACCCAAGUCUGGGGGAGAUUACUCCUAUGUCAAAGACAUCUUUGGAGGACUGGCUGGGUUUCUGCGUCUGUGGAUCGCAGUAUUGGUUAUUUACCCUAGUAACCAGGCAGUGAUUGCUCUCACCUUCUCCAACUACAUCCUGCAGCCCCUCUUCCCCUCCUGCCUUCCCCCAGACAGCAGCCUUCGCUUGCUGGCUGCCGUCUGCCUCUUGUUGUUGACAUGGGUGAACUGCCACAGUGUGCGAUGGGCCACAUUUGUUCAAGAUGUCUUCACCACUGGCAAGCUGUUGGCCCUGGCCCUCAUCAUCAUCAUGGGUAUUGUCCAGAUUUGCAAAGGUCACUAUCACUGGUUGGAGCCUGUCCACGCCUUUGAGACCUUCCGUGACUAUGACGUUGGUCUGAUCGCUCUGUCCUUCCUACAAGGCUCUUUUGCGUAUGGAGGCUGGAACUUCCUUAAUUAUGUCACAGAGGAGCUGGUCGACCCGUAUCGGAAUUUACCACGUGCAAUCUUCAUCUCCAUCCCUGUCGUCACCUUUGUUUACGUGUUUGCCAAUGUUGCUUACGUCACAACUUUGAGUCCCCAGGAGUUGCUCGCCUCAAACGCUGUAGCAGUGACAUUUGGAGAGAAAUUGCUCGGAGUAAUGUCAUGGAUCAUGCCCAUCUCUGUAGCACUCUCCACCUUCGGUGGAGUCAAUGGCUCUCUCUUCACAUCGUCGCGAUUGUUUUUUGUCGGAGCAAGGGAAGGCCAUCUCCCACGCGUGCUCGCCAUGAUUCAUGUCACACGCUGCACUCCUAUUCCAGCACUACUGUUCACUUUGAUCACGUCUCUGCUGAUGUUGUGCACCAGUGACAUUUACACCCUUAUAAACUACGUGGGAUUCAUCAACUACCUCUUCUAUGGCGUCACUGUCGCUGGGCAGAUUGUGCUACGUUACAAACAGCCUGACCUGUAUCGACCCAUCAAGGUGAGCCUUGUAUGGCCUGUGAUCUACCUCCUGUUCUGGGCCUUCCUGCUGGUGUUUUCCCUCUACUCUGAGCCUGUCGUCUGUGGUGUUGGACUGGCCAUCAUGAUGACCGGUGUCCCUGUGUAUUACUUGGGUGUCCACUGGGAAAAGAAGCCACAGUGUUUUAAUAUUACUAUUGGGAAAAUGACCCAUCUGUGUCAAAAGCUGUGUUCAGUGGUCUACCCAGAUAUGGGGGGGAACCUGGAGCCCCAUAGUCCACCAAAGGAAGAUGGAGUCGGGGAGAUGGAUGCUGCCUCACAUGGCUAAUUGGACUAACCCACAGACAAGUCCCUGAAAGAAAAGCAUACUCUUUAUUCACUGAAUGAACACUUUGACACCUAACAUGGUCUACAGCACUGGACACUUGGACAUUGCCCUGUUGACUGGGCUUAUUUCUGCACUGAUUAAGAUGGAAUAUCACAGACACUAAACAUAAAUUAUGACCGACACUUUGAUGUAUUCACCACAGCAUUUAAACCACCUCCUUUUGGUUUUUCUUGGAUAUUGUGUUUGUCAUUGUCUUGGAGGCAGUGGUGAAAUAUUUUAAUAUUUUCAUAAAUCUGUCAUAAUCACUUUUGCAUAUUUGUUGUUCGUCUUGAGUACAUCUUUGUGCUGUUCAGUCUUAAUAGUAUAUUUUGCAGUGACAUCCAUGAACCCCACUAAUAUGCAGCUCACCACUCACCCCUGAAAACACUGAAGUGUAGGCCUUCAUCAACAUGAGCCAGAGUCUUGUCUGACCUGCAAGUGGCAGUACUGAGUCACCUGAUAUUGAAGCCUGCUGAGGUGUAAUGCUGUGUUUACACCGGACGGGAUUUUUUUGUGCCCAUCGCAUCAGGAUGGACACAAAUCGCCAUACUUUAAACAGAAGUAACGGCCAUUUAUUUUCAUCAUCAACCAAAACAUUGUUGCACUCUUUUGUGGAAACGUCUGCAGAGAAGAAACUGCCGUAAGGAUGAGAACUGCAUCCAGCUCUCAAAGUAAGGUGAAACCCGCCAAGUUGUGUUCGUCUACGUAAGGUGUUGUGAAACCCCACAAGAUGGCGGUUUAUUCUCUGGAGACGUGUCCUGCAGAAAAUGUUGUCCACGCCGCACAAAAAUUAUGUUUUCCCCCUCCAUUAUGAGCAGCGUCUGUGGCCACUGACAAGUAUGUGACCUCAUCCGGAGAAUCUCAAUGCUGUCUAUCACAUCUAUGUAACAGAUUUGUAUGUAAAGUUGUCACCCAACAAAUUCGCUUUGUGCCCAUUGUGAACACAGCACAAGAAGUUAAGCCUGUGUGUUUGUCAGUCACAGAAAAAUUACACAAUGAAGCAAUUGCAUUUGAGGGCUGACAAUGUACAGUUGAUGGUGAGAUGCCCCAGCUUCUUUGCCCUAGUCCCCCAGAGUCUAGGAUCGCCUCUGGUCCUUAUGGAAAACACUAUAAAGCAGAUUUUCCUAUCAUUCUGUCCACUACAAAGAAUUGGAUAACAAACUGUUACUGGUACAUUUAAUCUUGUGGAAUUGGUUGCUGUUGCCAAUUUGUUAUUCUAGCAUCACAGCUAUAAAGAAUACACUGCACUUGGUGGAUUAGAUUAUUAAAACUUGGCAAAAGUUA